GCAGUAGACUGAGAACCUUCAUAAAAAAUAUUUGCCCAGAGACAGAUGAGUUACUUCAGCUCCAGUGCUGAUUGGUUCCUUUCCUAGGGACUCUCCAAUCCCAAGGUGCAUGGAAGCUUUCACAGGUUUUUACUCUCUGAAGUGGGUACAUCAGAUCCACCAGGUGUGAGCUGUGUUGACUACCAUUACUUCUUCCUCGGUUCUCAGUUAUGUCUGGGAGGACGGCUCUGCAGAUCCCCAGAGGCCUUUGGACAGCAGCUGUGAUGGUGAUGCUGGUGGUGCUGAGCACCCCAGUGGCCAAGGGCAGAGACUCUCCACAGGAUUUCGUGCACCAGUUUAAGGGCCUAUGCUACUUCACCAACGGGACAGAGCGGGUGCGGCAUGUCGAGAGAUACGUCUAUAACCAGGAGGAGUACGUGCGCUUCGACAGCGACGUGGGGGAGUACCAGGCGGUGACCGAGCUGGGGCGGCCGAGUGCCGAGUACUGGAACCGGCAGAAGGACCUCAUGGAGCGGAGGCGGGCGGAAGUGGACACACUGUGCAGACACAACUACCAGUUGGAGGUCCUCACGACCUUGCAGCGCCGAGUGGAGCCUACAGUGACCGUCUCCCCAUCCAGGACAGAGGCUCUAAACCACCACAACCUGCUGGUCUGCUCGGUGACAGAUUUCUAUCCAGGCCAGAUCAAAGUUCGGUGGUUCCGGAAUGACCAGGAGGAGACAGCUGGUGUUGUGUCCACCCCACUUAUUAGGAAUGGGGACUGGACCUUCCAGAUCCUCGUGAUGCUAGAAAUGACUCCCCAGCAAGGAGAUGUCUACACCUGCCACGUGGAGCACCCCAGCCUCCAGAGCUCCAUCAUAGUGGAGUGGCGUGCGCAGUCUGAAUCUGCCCAGAGCAAGAUGCUGAGUGGCAUCGGGGGCUUCGUGCUGGGGCUGAUCUUCCUUGGGCUGGGCCUUAUCAUCCGUCACAGGAGCCAGAAGGGACCUCGUGGGCCUCCCCCAGCAGGGCUUCUGCGCUGACUCCUGAGGAUACUUUGACUGGGAUUGGUUUCAGUUCUUCUGUAAAGCCUGCUUAUCCUUGCUCAGAAUUCCCAGCUGCCGGUCAGCCUGUCCCCCUCUGAGAUCAGAGUCUUACAGUGACUCUGACAGAGUCACCAGGUCACCGCCAGUGAUCCCAACCCUGAGGAUCUGACUGUGGCGCUGCUUCCUGCACUGACCCUGGAGCCUCUGCCUGUGUGAUGCCAGCUGCAUCUACUCAGACCCCAAGGGGUUCUUCUGUUUCCAUUCUCCCCCCACAGACUGUCCAAGAGAAGCACCUUGAAACCAUUUACCUGACUGUAGAUAUUUUAUCAUAAUUAAACAUGAUUAUGAGUUAUCUGUA